GUUUUGAAAUCUCAUUAGAAGAAAAAUGUCUAUCUAAUCAAAUAAUAGUUAACAAAAUAAACAUAUCACAUAGUCAGUUUGCUAUGAGGAAAAUAUAUCAGCCCGAAUGAUGUGACCAGCUUCUAUAUUGUUCCCUGACAGCUCUUCUCCAUCAAUUUCUCUAAACAAAACUGGUAAAAUCCCAGCAAUCUGGUUGCUGAAACAUGUGAUGUUAGUACCUAGUAAUUUUUUGCCCAACUCUGUCCUGGGCUGGUGUCCAAUAAUUUGAAAUGAAGCUUGCCUCCCUAUCCCCGGACUUGCUGACAGAGCUGCAUAGAACAGCUAAUGCCCUAACUGUUACUUUAAAGUGUUGAUUUGACAGUCCUAAUUUCUUGCAGUACAUUGUCAUCCAAGGAUGAGGAUAUGAAAAUGUUGUCUUAGUGCCAUUUGAAUAGCACUGUUUGACCCUGAUUCUGAACAUGAUCUUGCUAAACCAGAGUAGUGAGAGGAAGAUGCCCAAACUUAAGGGCUUUGAUUUCUGGAAAAACACAUUGAGAGGUGCCCGUUUUGUGGUUGCUCCUAUGGUGGAUCAGAGUGAACUGGCUUGGAGACUGUUAAGCCGCCGCCAUGGAGCCCAGCUGUGCUACACCCCUAUGCUGCAUGCUCAGGUCUUUGUCAGAGAUGCCAAUUACCGUAAGGAAAACUUGUAUUGUGAUGUGUGCCCUGAAGAUAGACCCUUGAUCGUGCAGUUCUGUGCCAAUGAUCCAGAAGUAUUUGUCCAGGCUGCCCUGUUGGCUCAAGAUUACUGUGAGGCUAUUGAUCUGAAUUUGGGCUGUCCUCAAAUGAUAGCAAAGAGAGGUCAUUAUGGAGCAUUCCUGCAGGAGGAGUGGGAUCUUCUUCAGAGAAUGAUUUUAUUGGCUAAUGAGAAGCUUUCUGUUCCUAUCACAUGCAAAAUCCGCGUUUUCCCAGAAAUCGGCAAGACUGUGAAAUAUGCCCAGUUGCUGGAGAAGGCUGGUUGCCAACUCCUGACUGUCCAUGGUCGCACUAAAGAACAGAAAGGGCCUCUUGCUGGCGUGGCCUCCUGGGAGCACAUACAGGCAGUGAGAAAGGCUGUAAAUAUCCCCGUUUUUGCCAAUGGAAACAUUCAGUACCUCACUGAUGUGGAGCAGUGUAUUAAGAAGACCGGAGUUCAAGGUGUCAUGAGUGCAGAGGGUAACCUUCAUAAUCCAGCUUUGUUUGAAGGAAGAAACCCCGCAGUCUGGGAGAUGGCUGAGGAAUACCUGGAAAUAGUUCAGCAGUAUCCUUGCCCACUGUCCUAUGUCCGGGCUCACCUCUUCAAGCUUUGGCAUCAUACGCUGCAAGUUCAUCAACAGCUGCGUGAUGAGUUAGCUAAAGUGAAAACGCUGGAGGGGCUUGUGGCUGUCAACAAGGAGCUGAAAUUACAUUGCCAGAAGGAAAUAGCCCAUUUGAAGGAUGAAGAAAAGCCAAAGGGUGGAUUACCUUUCUUCCACUGGAUUUGUCAGCCAUAUCUCAGGCCAGGGCCCAAGGAGACCUGCAGCGAAAACGGUACUAGAUGGAUGGAAGGAAGUACACGGGGGAAGCGAGCUCUGGAGGAUGAAGAAGAUGGAAAUGCAGAGUCUCUUUCAAAGAACAAACAAAAGAAGAAAUUAAGAAAUCCAAACAAAAGCUUUGAUCCCUCAUUAAAACCUAAAUAUGCAAAGUGUGAUCAGUGUGGAAACCCAAAGGGCAACAAAUGUGUGUUUAACUUAUGCCGAGGAUGCUGUAAGAAAAGGGCUUUUAGAGAAACAGCAGAUUGUCCAGGUCAUGGUCUGUUAUUUAAAACCAAAUAUGAAAAGUCCCUUCUGUGGAAAAGUGGCCAGUCUAGUAUGGAAAAUAUUGAAGUGGCAGCUCAAGAAGGCAAGGUAGAAGCUGCUAUAUUGCUCAAAGAAGCUAUUGAUGGUGUAGCAUGAGGCUGGAAAACCUCAACCAGGAUCUGCUCAACAGCCUCUGUCUCCUUCCCUGGGCCAAAGAAAUCUCUGCCUCCAGAACACAGCAGUCGACGCCUCAGACCUGUUCUUUAAUGAUGGACAAGGCUUGUUUAAGGAAAAGGCUCUUUCUCAGGGAAAUGUCCUGUAACAGAAAUGAAAGGGAGCACUGAAACGCUGUGUUUGAAAGACUUCAGAGGACUGAGCCAGAAGGGCUGGCCUUAACAUGCUGCAUUGGAGACCUCUCUAAAGACAUGACCUGCCUAAUUUAAACUUUCUGUGUGGUUUUAAAAUUGGCAAAUAAAUCUUUUAUAUAAGUACA